AUGAAGAGUAGGAGGGCCGAAGGAAAAUUACACGGAAGCUAUCAGGCACUAACCGAUCAGCAGGAGAGCGAUUUCAGCUGGGGAAUCGUGGGCGUAGGUUUUGACGACAUCGAGGUGCCCGAGCCCGAGAACAUCCAAGACGACACCGUCCGCCUUUUCGGCCAAGAUCCACUUGAGUUUGAGGGCGUAUCGUUGAGCCCUCGUUCGCUGCCAAGAAGCGAGCCUCUUUCGAUGUUUGACCGUCUGCCUGAGGCAUUUGGCGAGGAAGACAAGCUGCCCUACUCCUGGAUGGCUCGCAAUCCAGGAGCGGUGGCCAAGUGCCUCGAAAACAAGCCAGAACCAGUCGCCAUCAGGCCCGCCAAUUUGUCUGCUGUCAAUGUUCAAGGCGAGGCUCUGUUGGAACAUCACUUGAAGAGGCGCUCGCUGAACCCAAAUCUUUACUUCUACCGUGUUGCAGUUUUCUGCUGCAUCAUGGACCUGAAUAGCGCAGGGCUGAUUUACCCUUCGAUUCUGGCAACCCUCGUGGGACGGCUGUUUGGCGGCGACUGGGUCCUGAUGGCUGUCUUCAACCAAUACUUCAUGCCAUCAUGGCUUCACAUCGAGUGUAUAAUCGAUCACGCAGCCGUCCAAAACAUCCUCUCCUCGAUCGAGCGUCACACCGCGCUGUGCCAUCCUUCCUCCAUUCCCCCCAAUUUCGAAAUUUUGAUCAAGGUCCUCAACUACAUGGUGGAAGAGCAAAAGCACCAGGGCCCGAACCUCAACCAGACGGUCGGCAAGCUGGUCAGCUCCUCGAACGGGCGAGAGUUUCACCCCCACCCCGGUUUAUUCACGAUACUCCGUGGACCGGCGUUGUCUGGCCGCUUCAUGAAGCGGAUAGGCGAGUGGUGGCCAUACAAGACUGUCACUUGGCAACAGGCGGAUUUACUGGGUCUGCACACAGACCGCGAGGCAGAGAAGGAGGACACCGUGGAGGACGUUGACCCGCGGUGUCUUACAGUCAACGGAGAAGCCGGAGGAGACAUCAGAGCGGAGGCUAGGGGAAAAGGCAAGGGUAAGGGCAGCAGUCGCGCUUGA